GAGAAUGCUCUAAUCCAGUGUGCUAUGAUGUGACGUCCCUGGUCCGUUGCCCCCAAGCUUUCCACAGCUUGCCCUCCACCCCUCCCCUACACACACAUCCCCUGGAUGCAGCACGUCGGCCCUUUGCUCUGUUAAUCCCGUGAACACUCACUACGAUCUGCCUGUAUGCUCUGCUCUACUCUUGAGCUCUGAUGAUCCAACAAAUGAAUGACAGGACACCUCACUCUGAGAAGACACCAACAUUCUGUCCGGGAUUAUAACACUGCUGUGAACGUCAUCAGAUCAGAGCCCAUUAAUUGUGUGCUGGGGCUCCACUGGACUCAGCUGGGCCAGUUGAGUAUGAGGUCCCAUGCCUGCACCGUGACUUUCCUCCUGCCUGUUGCUCUUUACCUCUAUCUGGCUCCUGUCUGUUGGGCUGCUGCACUCCCUAGCUCCUGUGGUGUCAUCUACAAGAGCUUUGCUCAGUGUCUCCUCACUCUGGGGGACAGUCUGGGUGACACACAGAAAGAGCAGAGCACACAGGACAUUGACACAGUCUGCAGAUCAUGGGAUGCAUUCCAUGUGUGCGCGAAUGCGGCACUUGCCGGUUGUCCUGGAGACGCAGCGGCUGUGUGGGAGUCUCUGAGGCAAGAGUCUAGGAAGACACAGUUUUCUGGAAACCUCUAUGACAUGUGUGCCAGCCGCACCAUACUGGCACCCAAUACAAUGCCCGUGCCACCCUCCCUGAGCCCAACAUCAUCAGACCAGACCAAUCAAGAAACUCUAAAAGGGUACACGCAUCACCUUGGACCCGCCUACACCACGCUUCUACUCUCAGCAUGCAUCUCUCUACUGCUCCUGCUCAGGAUGUAGCCCUGGCCUCCCUCAGACUGCUAUAGGUUCUCUGUGAGCCUUGUGUUUUACUGGACUGAGCAUAAGAUUAACCAACACACACCUGGGAAAACCCCUCACUCCAAAACACACGCAAGCACACAUCCUCACGCCAAAAUGCAUACCUCCUCCAACACGCAUACACACACAGGCAUGUAUGUACAUGUACACACAAACACGCAAGAAAACACUCAAGCGUUAUGGACUUUAUUCAUGGCACAUAGCUCAUGUAAGAAAGAAAGACAGGAACAAAAAAUAGAAAGAACGAAUCUAAGACCUUUUAUAACAUCUUGAGUUGUUUGGAUUCAGAAUCAGAGUUGUUGACCAAUAGUAUUAAUGUAAAAUUAGAUAUCAGACCUACAGAACCCCUACACCUGUAUACACUUUAGUGUUUUUAUAUGAGCUAUACCUGUAAAAUGUAUUUUACUCAGCCACCACUUGACUAAAUCCCUAUAUUCCCCAAUCAUUGAUUCUUGCAUUGCCUGUGUGGGCACUGGGCAUGGAAUAGCCACCACAAACAGUGUGGUGGUGUAAAAAUGAUAUCAGAAGCUGCACUUCCCUUAGAUACAUGUUUGUUUUCAUAGUUUCAUGUCAGAUUUCUCAGAGCAGUUGUUUUAAGGAUGCAUGCAUUGUUUCAUUCAAUUGUAAGAUGUGAAAUCAAACAGACACACAGCUGAUUAAUCCAGACAGUUAGAUUUGACAAUUCAUGCAUUCAUUUGUAAUAAAAUCUAUUUACAAGGA